AUGGGAAAGCUUCUUUGUGAUUCGACGGCGACAUUUCAAUCUCCGUCACCGACAGUUCCGUGGAGAGAACCAUCGACGACGACAACGCCCGUGGAUCUUGUCGACCAAUCGUCUGCGGCUGCGGCGGUUGAAGCGGUGGAGAAAACAAUGUCCGCCGCCACAACCACCACCGCGUGGGAUGAGGUUUUCGGUCUCGAGGAGCAGCAGAGACAGCAUCUCCAACGACUUCACGCGAGAGGGGUCCUUUGGAAACAUCCCGGGAAAAAAGAAGAAGACGAAUCCUCCGCCUCCGUCGUUUUCCGUCUCUCACACGGCGGAGAAGUCUCCUCAGACGGGAACUGCCUAUUCACGGCCUCGCAGAAAGCAAUGGAGGCGCGUGGGAUCGACGCGCGAGAUCUACGGAGGCGAACGGUGAGGAGGUUCCUCGAGGAUUUCAGAUCGGCGAGCGAGGGAGAGAAGAAGGUUAUUACGGAGGCGAUUAGGCAUAUGUACUCGCCGGAUCUGAAGAGUGGGUGGGGGAUUCAUAUCGUCCAGGAAGAGAAGCUUUUAGCCAAAAAAGACGAGCGUGAGAGUCUUGAUUCCGCCAUUGAUGAGCUUAUUCAGAUCGGAAUGCAGAGAGAAACAGCUGCAGAGUCAAUCUACAGAGAGAGGUGUCUUCCUGUGAACGAUGGACUUAGUUGGGCUAAGUACAUGUCGAUUUCAGGAUCAUCAGAAGAUGAGUAUGAUAUUAUCACAUUGCAGUAUACAGAAGACGGUUUGUUAUCUGUAGAUGAGAACCGAGAAGGUCAUGCUGCUGCGUUUGGUGAUGACAUUGCAAUUGAAUGUCUUGCCACAGAAUUCAAACGAGAAAUAUAUGUGGUGCAAGCACAUGGAUCAGAUGGGAUGGUGGAAGAAGAGAACUGUGUGUUCUUCCUUCCUCACAAACCAAGAAGUGAAGUCAUUGAAUUCCCAGUGUUUCUAUUCAUGAAAGGCACAGGUUGGUGUGGUGGUGGAGCAGACCAUUACGAGCCCUUGAUUGCGAAUGCAUCACCGGUGAUAUCACAUGAGAAAGUCGCCCUUGUUCUCUGA